AUGGAGGGAAACGGCAAGGACAAGCAGAGCACGGAUAAUGCUCCCAUUAGACCGGUCUCUUCACUACUUUCGCAUUUUGAGAAUCUAUCCCAUCGUCGAUCCCCGUCCACCUUCACCAAUGGUCCCCGAGAUUCAACUGUGUUCCUGAGAACCCCCGAUCCCGUUGACGAUGCGCGCUCCUCGCGAGUUUCGCUCGAUCUACACCGUCCCAGUUCCCCUUGGCUACCGACGGCGAACUCACAGAGCACUCCGCGAUAUGACCAUGCGAACGGCCUUCUCCCGCGGCGCGGAUCUCCCGGAAGAUCUCCAGGCAGCCGCCAGAACAGGCCCAUGUCGAUGAACUUCCACUCGUCCCCGCAAUUGGCACCGACGUUGACCGUCGACUCACCUCGAUCGCCCCCGCGAGGGUUUGGCUCCGCGGAGCAACACGAUCAUGUUCUCGAUACCAGGACGUCGCGCAGUCCUCCGAACCCCUCCCGGGGGUCAUUACCCCCGCCAGCCAACCGGCCGACUACCCCGAACUUCUCGACAAGCCAACAGAGGCCCGGUCACCUAUCGCCAGCGCAUUCACCUUCGGGAGGCUACGUGCGCGACAGCUCACUGGAUCGAAAGCCGAAGAGCGCUUCGUUACCUCCUCCUGCGAACCGAGCGGAUAAGCCGAAGGUCCCUGCGAAGCCGGCAGCGCUAACCACCCAUGAUGGCGCGACUCUGGCCCCUCGGCCUGAACGAACGGCAGAGGAGGACCGGAUAUCACCGUUCAGUACGCCCCCUAGCAGCCCUGAGAAGUCACCUCCGAAAUUCUCAUCUGCUAGUCGCCCACUGUUGCCGCGAUCUCCUUCCCGACGAGAGACCGAACCUCCCAGCCGCAUGUCCUUCGAUGAAAGAUCACCGGCCCCGACAGCACAUGCUCUCCGAGAUGCACGUGAGCUUGGGUUUUCGCGAAGACAACCGAUUCCGGAACCCACCCGAGAUACGAAACCAUUGGUGGUGCAGAUUCCAUCACACCCAGUUAAACAAUCGGAGCCGCUGUCAGCUGCGCCGCUCUCUGCCCAUAGACUUCAUUCGAUAGAUACCCCAACUGAGCGUCCCAAUCUCCCCCCACGACAUCCAUCAGUGGUACGGAGGGGUGGUGUGUCUCCCGCCCGUCCGUCGCCACACUUGGAUAGUGCUGCGAAUGCUGCGCCGACAUCAAGGCCACAAUCGUUUCAAGUACCUCAAAAGGACGCUCACACGCCAACACAAAUCCAACGACAGCCGUCAUUUCCUAGAGAACUGAAACUGCCUCAAGGGCCUCCGGUGCCCGAACGGCAUAUUAGUCGCGCGGAGAUGACUGAGGAGGAACCCGUAGAAGAGCCAACAAUCUCACGAACAGAUUACCCCGAUGCAUCCCAAGCAAACCGUCGGCCGCCUCUCCUCAGAGAUGGGCCGAGGGAAAUCCAUACCAGAUACGACACGCGUCUGAUGGACGUGUGCGGAAAAUAUGUCUGUACGACAGGGUAUCUCACCCGAGUUUGGGACCUCACCACUGGCGAACAGAUUAUGAGCCUCAGUCACGGGGAGACUGUCAAGAGUCUAUCAAUAGCCUUCAAGCCAGGUACAGGCUUAGACGAUGAGGGACAGCGGUUGUGGCUGGGCAUGAGUACUGGUGAAAUCCAUGAAGUCGACAUCUCUACUCGGUCCCUCAUUGCCACACGGUCGUAUCCGUCGCGACGCGAGGUAAUAAAGAUUCUCCGCCACAAGAAGGAGAUGUGGACCCUUGACGAUGAGGGGCGUUUGCUCGUAUGGCCACCGGACGAGUCUGGCGCUCCGAAUCUUCAAUAUAGCUAUCACAACCCUUAUGAUCGUGUUACCCGGGGACACACAUUCUCCAUGGUUAUUGGUGAUACCCUCUGGCUGGCCACGGGCAAGGAGGUCCAGGUUUAUCGCCCCAACGCACACGAUGAUGUCUCGUUCAAAGUCUUGAAGAAACCAUUGGGCUCCCAGCACACCGGCGAUGUCACCUCUGGAGCCUAUACGACCAAGGACGGCGGACGUGUGUAUCUGGGCCAUGCAGACGGCAAGGUUACUGUGUACUCUCCAACUGAUUACACGUGUCUGGCAGUUGUCAAUGUAAGUGUUUACAAGAUCAACUGCUUGGGGGUGGUUGGCGACUAUCUUUGGGCGGCCUACAAAACUGGUAUGAUCUAUGUGUACGACACCCGCACCAACCCGUGGCUGGUAAAGAAGGACUGGCGAGCGCACGAGAGUCCUGUCUCGAGUUUCUUGCUAGAUACCAGCAGUGUCUGGACUAUGAAUCGACUGCAGGUUACCUCACUUGGAGACGACAAUUGUAUCCGACUAUGGGAUGGCAUGCUGGAGGAUGACUGGCUCGAAUUACGCAUGCAAAGCAGAGACGUUGAGUUUUGCAAAUUCCGCGAGAUCUCGGCUGUGGUCAUGACUUGGAAUGCGGGAGCUUCCACACCAGGCACUGUCCGUUCCAGCACAUUCAUCCAGGAUGCAAUUCGUCCGGAGAACCCACCCGAGAUUUUGAUUUUCGGCUUCCAAGAGCUUGUUGAUUUGGAGAACAAGAAAAUCACAGCCAAGAGUUUGCUUCUGGGAAGCAAGAAGAAAGAGAGUGGCGAGAAGGAGCAUAUGAGCCGUCAGUACCGGGUCUGGAUGGAGCAUCUGACGCGCUGCAUCAACGAUUGCAUGCCUCUCGACGAGUCGUAUGUUCUGCUUCACUCGGCCAAUCUUAUCGGCCUUUUUACCUGCGUUUUCGUCAAGCACAAAGAACGGCAGCGGAUCAAGAAUGUUGGAGCUGCAGAGGUGAAGCGUGGUAUGGGUGGAUUGCAUGGAAACAAGGGCGCCUUGAUCCUUCGCUUCGUUCUCGACGACAGUUCCUUCUGCCUCGUCAAUUGCCACUUGGCAGCUGGCCAGACACAAACGGCUCACCGCAAUAACGAUAUCGCAGCUAUUCUGGAGUCCGAGUCGCUUCCCGCUGAGAGCAGCCUCACCACUCGAGCCAAUCACUUUGUGAGCGGCGGUGAUGGGUCAAUGAUCAUGGACCAUGAGAUUUGUAUUUUGAAUGGCGAUCUCAAUUAUCGCAUUGAUUCGAUCCCCCGAAACGUGAUCAUUGAGGAUAUCCGCAACAACAAUCUCGCCAAGUUGCUAGACCGAGACCAGCUGCUUGCGUCACGGCGAAAGAACCCUGGCUUCCGUCUUCGAUCGUUCACCGAGGCCCCAAUCACCUUUGCACCGACAUACAAGUACGAUGUCGGUACAGACGAGUAUGACACGAGUGAAAAGAAACGAUCCCCCGCCUGGUGUGACCGCAUUCUCUACAGAGGUCUCGGCCGCAUCAAGCAGCUAGACUACCGACGGCUCGAGGUCCGAGCCUCUGAUCAUCGGCCGGUGAGCGCCUCCUUCAAGCUCCGAGUCAAGACUGUCCUUCCCCAAGAACGUGCAACGGCCUGGGAAGCGUGUCAGCAGGAAUUUCAGAAAGAGAAGCGGAGACUCGCUUCUGAAGCUAGCAUUGAAUACCUAAUCAGCGUCCUGGGAACAGACCCUCAACAAGCACGAUCAUUGAUUCUGGGCACUCCAGCCCAAUAG